CCAAAGAGAAAAAAUCCCUCUACUGUCAACAGAUGUUCAAAACCCUAAUUACGAAUUUGCUCCAGCAAUUCUUCAAUUUGGAUCGGUUUUAAUGGCGAGGUUUGUAGAGAAUCCGCUGAACGUUGUAGAGAUUCCCGAUAGUGAUGAUGAAGGCGGUGAUCGACCAAGCGGACCUGAAGUUCAGAAUAAUGCAACAAUCGAGUCGGAUGAUCGGAAAUUGGAGAACCGGAGUUUUUGGAAAGCAGGGGCAUUUGAAAUCGGUCCAACAAAAUGGAAUCCUUCCCAAGGUGAACUGGAACAUGCUCGUGUGCACCCAAAGUUUCUUCAUUCCAAUGCAACUUCUCACAAAUGGGCUUUCGGAGCUAUUGCUGAGCUGUUGGAUAAUGCCGUUGAUGAGAUCAACAAUGGGGCAACUUUUGUGAAGGUUGACAGAAUUUACAGCAAGAGGGACAAUUCUCCUGCUUUACUUUUUCUUGAUGAUGGAGGUGGAAUGGACCCAGAGGGCAUUCGGAAGUGCAUGAGUUUGGGAUACUCAACAAAGAAGACAAAUAGCACAAUCGGACAAUAUGGCAAUGGGUUCAAGACAAGCACUAUGCGGUUAGGAGCUGAUGUGAUUGUUUUCAGUUGUGCAUCUAGGAAUGGCCGAGAAACCCAAAGUGUUGGUCUUUUAUCCUAUACGUUUCUACGCAGAACCGGACAGGAUGACGUGAUUGUCCCAAUGAUUGAUUUUGAUGUCUCGAAGCAUUGGGCAGAACCUAUAGUAUAUAGCUCUCUUGAUGAUUGGUCUGCUAACUUGAAGACAAUUCUUGAAUGGUCUCCGUUCGCUUCGAAAGAGGACCUGCUGCAACAGUUUGAAGAUAUUGGGUCGCAUGGGACAAAGAUAAUCAUAUACAACUUAUGGCUCAAUGAUGAAGGCAUCUAUGAAUUGAACUGUGACGAAGAUGAUGAGGAUAUAAAACUAAGGGAUGAAGCUUCUCGUUUGUCCAAAGUGAGCAAGAAAGCGGCUGAAACACAAGCACAUAUUUCUUACCGCAUUCUUCAUUCAUUAAGGGCAUAUGCUUCUAUAUUGUACCUCAGAAAGUUUAAGAACUUCAAAAUUUUCCUGAGGGGGAAACUUGUUGAACAGUACAGUAUAGCCGAAGAUUUGAACUAUCGGGAAGUAGUUACCUACCGGCCACAAGUGUCUUCAAUGAAAGAGGCUUCUGUGGAGACAACCCUUGGAUUUAUCAAAGAAGCACCAGCUAUUGGAAUUAAUGGAUUCAACGUUUACCAUAAAAAUCGCCUUAUCAGACCCUUCUGGAAAGUAACUUCUGAUGGACAUUCUAAAGGAUAUGGCAUCGUUGGAGUUCUUGAAGCAAAUUUCAUAGAACCAGCACAUGACAAGCAGGAUUUUGAAAGAUCGUCUUUGUUCUCUAGGCUGGAAAUGAAGCUAAGACAAAUGCAAAUGGACUACUGGAGACACCACUGUCACUUAAUUGGGCACAAGCCGGAUCCAGGUCUACUGCGCAAAAUGCAGAAGGUGUCUGCUAUGCCACUUCAUGCCCAAGGUGAAAGGGUUAAUCAAACCGGUGCUGGUCUUGCUGCUAACCCAAGGCUGGAUUUUAGUGGUUCACAGAUGGGGAGCCAUGGCAGAACCAUUUACAACAAUGACACACCCAUCCUUCAGGCUCCUCCUGGAUUUGAAACCGGUUUUGAUCAAGAUGUAGCAUAUGGAGAUGGUUCAAGGGACAUAGAUCAAGUAUGUGAUGAGAAUAUCCAACUUUUUAUGAGGUGUGAGGAGUACAUGCAAAAGGAGAAUGAAUUAAAAACUACGGUGGAGGAUUUGGAGAAACAGGUGAUGGAAACCAAAAGGAAAUGUGCAGAAAUCUCUUCCCGCCUCGAGCUUCUGAGAAGGCAGAAAGCUGUAAGAUGAGAAAUGUAACAUAUCUCAUCCACCCGAGCUUACGUAAGAACCAGUGGACGGCAGCUAGGUGUUUUUUGGUCUUUUGUAUAUUGGUUAGUUCACUUAUGUGCCAUCAAAUAUCCAAGAAAAGGUUAAGCGUUAGCAAGUAGCAAGCGAGCGUAAGCGACUCUUGGUAUCAACUCUUUCAUUGAUGUUUCCGGUGUUUUAGUAGUCGUUUGUUGAGUCACAAAACGUUCAAAAGUUUUUAUAAAAUUCCAAAAACUAUCACACUAAAUAUAAUUAGUACUUCC